AUGUUUGAUGAUUCAGAUUACUUAGAUAAUGUUUUGAAUCAACCGAAUAUUAGAAAGACUAAAUUUACUGAAUGGAUGAAAACAAAUGCUUUGUAUGAAGAAGCAAGAGAAUUGACUUAUUCUGAUUUCCCUUCCAAAUGGGUUUGGCACAACAAAGACAAGGAAUGGAAAUUGAGGAAGCAAAGAUUAUGUGUAGGACGGAUAUUCUACUCUCAUCCUGGAAGUGGUGAACGAUUUUAUUUGCGAAUGUUGCUUAACAUUGUUAAAGGACCUCGGUCUUUUGAGGAAAUAAGAACUGUAAAUAGUGUGUUGUACCCAACUUUCAAGUCAGCAUGUUACGCUCUUGGUUUGCUUGAUGAUGAUAAAGAGUGGCAUGAAGCUUUAAAUCAUGCGUCGUAUUGGGCUUCAGGGAAGCAACUUCGUGAACUUUUUGCAACAAUGUUGAUUUUUUGUGAGGUUGCCGACCCUUACAAACUAUGGAUUUCAAAUUGGAAAUUGUUAUCUGAGGAUAUUUUGCAGCGAGAAAGAAGAAUUUUACGAUAUAAUGACCUACAUCUUAGUGACUCGCAAUUACAAGACUAUGCACUUUGUGAUAUCGAACGGUUAUUGAACAAAAAUGCAAGGUCUUUGAGAGAAUUUGAGACAAUGCCAUAUCCAAACACAUUACUUCUUAGUCAAAGUAGCAAUAGAUUAUUGCAAGAAGAAUUGGAUUAUGAUAGGGUUGUUUUGGCAGAGGAGCAUAUCAAACUUCUUAAGGGUCUAAAUUAUGAACAAAGAAAGAUAUAUGAUGCAGUAAUUGGAUCAGUCAUAGAAAAAAAGGGUGGUGUUUUCUUCGUUUAUGGACAUGGCGGCACUGGAAAGACUUAUCUAUGGAGAACCUUGAUAUGUCGAUUGCGCUCAGAAGGGAAAAUAGUCAUUGCAGUUGCAUCAUCUGGGAUUGCAGCAUUGUUGUUACCUGGCGGAAGAACUGCUCAUUCAAGGUUUCAGAUACUGAUUAAUAUAACAGAUAGCUCAACUUGCGGGAUUAAGCAAGGUUCACAACUUGCAAACCUAAUGGCAAGAACGGAUCUAAUAAUUUGGGACGAAGCGCCUAUGACUCAUCGAAAUUGUUUUGAAGCUGUUGAUCGUUCACUAAGAGAUAUUUUACGUUUUAGUGAUCCACAAAGUGAAGAAAAACCCUUCGGAGGAAAGACAAUUGUUCUUGGUGGUGAUUUCCGACAAAUAUUACCGGUUGUAUCUAAAGGCCGAAGAGAAGAAAUUGUUGAGGCAUCAGUUAACAGGUCUUCAUUAUGGAAGUAUUGUACAAUUUUUACUUUGACAAAGAAUAUGAGACUUGAACAAAAUCCCGAUGAUAAUGCAGCAAAAGAAUUUGCAGAAUGGAUUUUGAAAAUAGGUGAGGGCGAAUUAGAUGAUAGCGAAGGUGAAGCAUUGAUUAAGAUACCAUCUGAUUUACUAAUUCCACAUGGUACUCAUCCUAUUAAUGAUAUUGUGGAUGCUAUCUAUCCCGAGUUGCAAACUAAAUACACCGAUGCAAAGUAUUUAGAAGAUAGAGCAAUUUUAGCUCCAACAAAUGAUGCCGUGCAAGACAUAAAUGACUACAUAAUUGAUCUUAUUAACGAAGGUGAAGAAACAUAUCUCAGUGCAGAUUCAAUAUGUAAAGCUGCAAGCAACAUUCAAGACCAAGAACUUAUGUAUCCAGUAGAAUUCUUAAAUUCAUUGAAGUUUCCCGGUAUUCCAAAUCAUAAACUCAGGCUCAAAGUUGGAAUCCCUAUAAUGUUACUUCGUAAUUUAAAUCAGAGUGCUGGACUUUGCAAUGGUACUAGACUUUUGGUUACUCAAUUAUCAAAGUGGGUGUUAGAAGCUAAAAUCAUAUCGGGAACUCAUGUUGGACAUAAAGUAUUCAUUCCAUGA